AUGUUGAAGUAUCAAGUGAGAAAUGCGAGCAGCAGUCGACCAGAGUUGAGAUCAACAGGCAGCACAUCAUCGGGGAUUUCUCUCGGCAGUCGAUCACCCUCAAUUUCUUCCCUUUCUUCAUUGGAAAGUAUUGAUGGAGAAACGGGUGUCCUCAAAAUCUACACAUGGAACGUGGCCGCUUUCUCCGAUUACAAAGCAUUGAGGAUACAUUUGACAACAACAGUCGCUGAAUUGAUUGAUAUUCUCGUGAGCAAGUUCAAGUUAUCCGCUCGAGAUCCGAAUCUCUUCGAAAUGUUUAUGGAAGUGAAAACGAGACAUGAAGGGAGAAUAAAUCGAUCAUUUCUUUUACUCCAUCCACAAUGUCGACCAUUGGAAAUGCAUAGAUGUCAUCCAGCCGACGAUCAUCGCUUUAUUGUUCAUUUGAGACAAGGUGGUACGCUUGUUCGUGUCUACGAUCACCAUUUUGAGCCACAAAGCAACUACAAAUCAGUGCUAUUGGCUGGUGAAACGAACGCUGAAACAGCGACUCGUUUAGUGAUUUCGAUGAACAGAAGAGAACCAACACUAGCAACACAAUGGGCAUUGUAUGUCGAGAGAGAAGACGGUGAAUCAGCUCAAAUCCCUCCAGAAGCUCCACUUGUUUCAAUCUCGAAAAUGCUUUGCUUAAAUCAUCGGAUUUUGUUGAAAAAGAUUCCGCCAAAUCAGUUG